AGAGGAGACGAGCUCGGGAAGGUCCCGGGCUGAUGCUUCACGAUGCACCGGCUACACUGACGCCAGCCCCGCCGCUGUCGAGGACACUUGCUCGUCUGUUGGGACAAUUGGCACCGCCGCGAAAAUGUUCCCGAAGGACGAAUGACACCGCUUCACCUCCGCGUUCCCUCCCGCUGAAUACUCCUGCACAGCACCGCGGCGGCUCCUCUCCUCCAUGGCGUCCCCGCAACAGUCCAGAAUACAGUCGUAUCUGGAGAAGAAUAAAAUCGGACCCUUGUUUGAGGAACUGAUGACCAAAUUGAUCACAGAAACUCCCGACCAUCCAAUCCCCUUCCUCAUUGAUCACCUGCAGACCAAGCAAGACAGUCCUGGCAAACUACACAGAGCUCUGUCUGGCUCUGCAGCUCUGUGGGCCCAGAGCUCCCCUGACAGCAAAAAUACACGAAAAGAGUUCAGGAGCUACGAGAAACCUUGGCAGAUUCACCCAAAGAAGCCGAAGAAAUCCAAGAGUGACCUAGCUGUUUCCAGUAUUUCUCCACCUUCACCAGAGUCAAAGUCAUUGCCACGGUCCACCGAGUACCCGUCCUGGGACUGGAGGGAGAGUCGGGACUUUGACGAGCUUAACCUCAUUCUGCAGGAGAGCAAGAAGCUGGGAAAAGCCUUGGAGAGUCUUUCUCGCAGUAUUGCCAUAUCUGAUGAGCUUGAUCAGAACUUGGGAGGUUUCAGUUCAGUCCUGCGUCCUCGGGUGGUGGGAGAAUGGGUUGGUCGGGAGGAAGUCGAUGCGGACCCCCUGGCCGCUGAGAUGCUGCAUCCACCUGUCCCACGGAUCACAAAUGAUGUUUGCUGUUGGAGUGGGGAGAGCAGCCCUGCGAGGAGCUUGAAGAUGGAAACGAAGAGCAAAGGACCUAAAGAGCAGCAGCAGCAUCAUAAGAAGCUGCUGGCAGCCAUGUUGUCCCAGGAGUCUUUGGUUUCCGUCCACAGCCCAGCUCCCUCCAUCGCUGAGGAAGAGAUGGAGGAUGAAGAUGAUGCCAUGGAGCUUUUAGAUAUUUGUUCUCAUCGCUGCGUCUUCCCUCCUACAGAGGACCUGGAUGACUUGCGGAUGGAGGGAGUGACGGGUCUGGCUCCAUCCGGCUGUAAGUUCAGUCAGGGACGCAGCUUCUAUCAGGCUGAACCACAGGCCAAAGUCACCCUCAACAUCUGCUCUCGCUGUGCCAGGUUGCAGGGAGACAGUCUCCCAGAAAGCAGAGCUGAUGAAGAACGCAGGCCUCAUAUAUCUGAACAAGCCGUACCUGACAUCUCAUCAGCUCCAUUGCCUGGGGUGGACGUGAUGGCGGGACGUCUGCUGGAAUGCGAGGCCCUGUCUCACGUAUCAACCUCUCGUCAGGCUGUCUGGGACGCGGAUCUGAAGGCUGCGAGAGGUGGGAGCUCUGUUGGGCAGACGGGCCUGCUACUGGGGGACUCCCUCUUUUCUAAAGAGCUGGAGAACAUGGGCAAGCAGCUCGCCGAAGUAGAGAAGGACUUGGCAAAACUGGCAGAAGUAGGAAAGAUGACCACUCGGACCUCCAACAAUCCUCAUGGUUCUCUGCUACACAGCCCAAUGAGGCACAGGACUUUACCUGACACCCUUCCUCUAUCCAGCCUUGUGUCUCGACCACAGUCUCCUGCUGGUAGUCUCUCAGGCUACCCUUGUAGUGUAGGCCUUCCUCUUAUCAGCCCCAAGUCCUCUUCCCGGACAGUCGGUCGCACAGUCAGCAACCCAGGGAGCCGGGCACAAACCCCUCGAACUCCUAGCAGGCCCCUCACGCCAAAUAGUUUACUGACACGUUCCUCCUUCAGUGCUGGUUCUCACAAAGAGGUGACAUUCAGGAGAUCCCGUAGCCGCCCGGUGACACCAACAAGUCAGCCCACGCAUCCUCGGCCACUGCUCACCCCUCCCGGACUCAGCACCACAGACAGCCUGGGGGCCAGUCUCCGAGCAUAUCUGUCAGAGGACGAGUUCUACCAGCAGUUACUGGCGAUCAGGCAGCCGUGGCAUAUACCCAGCGACACAGACAGCGACAUCAUGGACCCUCCAGAGCAAGACAAGGGUAGCGGACGUGAGGCGACCAUGAGAUCCUUGUUUUCAGGCCUAUAGUGACGAGGACCAGACACUGAUCCAGUCAAACUAUUAUGCAAGCUGCCGGACCUUUUAAAUAUGUGCAUAGAUUAUUUUUCUAAUUCAUAUGAAAGAAAGUCAAGAUUGUAUACUUUUUCACAGAUAUUUCAUACACAUUGUACUGUAGCUGUAUGGAGUACUGCAUUGAUUUUUCUUUGCCUUAUAGCAUGCUGGUGAGCUCCUGUUAGGAGCCAAGAACUUAUGCAUUUUGAAUGUUGAAGGUGCGUACAGAAGAAGGCACAUUGAAAAAAAUGCACUGAGACUCAAGUAGAUAACAUUAGAUGUCCAGGAAUGCAGAUGUGUUGAUUAAAAUUAUUUGGUGCUCAUUGUGUUUGUCAUACUUGAGA